UCGGCUCGCUCGCUGGGACUCGCUGACUCGCGCUGAACUCGCUUCGUCUUCCCCCCCCGCCGGGCAUGGAGCUCCGGAUCGAUCCCUGAUGCCCGCUUGAGCCAGGCUCGAGUCCCGCCGGCCGCUCGACCCACGGUUGUUUCCCCCCGCUUUUGCCGGUCGCUUCCGUUUCAGGGUGGGGUGGGUGGGGGAAAGCAAUGCCGCUGAGCCUCCGCCAUGGACGGGGAGGCUAACCUUCCGGUCCGGCCGAGCGACCCGAUCCGGAGCACCGGCCCGACGUCCUCGUCCUCGUCGUCGGCGUGCCUGCCCGGUUCUUCCCCGCCGGGCUUGCUCCGGCAUGUGCAGGCCGCCUUCAAGCGCCACCGCCCGCUCGGAGUGAUGCAGUCGAAUGAUAUGAGGCCCCGGCGUACACUGGCUCCUUCACGAGAAGCUUCACGUAACAUGGGUCCAACAGCCGUUCCUGCCGUGGAUGACAAGAGGUCAAAAGAUGCAGUUCCAUUUGGUAAAGUUCACACAGUAAGAGAAUCUGUUAUGCAGACAAAAAACAUAGGCUCUGUCAUGAAAGAAACCCAAGAUGAUGCGACAAUCACACCCCCUUCCUUCUCAGGCACCAUUACCAAGUCUUUUAAUGACAGUUUCAACCCAUUUGAUGAACGAAUACAUCAACCAACAUCUAUCAUUGAUUAUAAGGAGAAGGAUCCUAUGCCUCUGACCCAUGUAGAACCUCAAGUAGACCGUUUAAAGAAAGUCCAGUUUUCACUAGGAGAAAAUGUUGCUUCCCGAGGGGCCAACGCUCAAGUGGCCCCUGAAUUGGGGAAUUCAUCAUCUCAUAUCAGUCCAUUUGCAUUGACAGAAAUGGAGUGGAAUGCAAGCAAUCAUUUGGAUGCGUCGACUGUUAUCAAUCAGGAGUUGAAGCAUCAGAAUCUCCAGAACACAGACUCUGGUAGCCACUUAAGAUCUGAUGUUGGAAUUCCUCCUCUGCUAGCAAAGAGAACUGCAGUUGUUCAGGAUCAGCUACACCAUUUCAGAAAUUUUCUAAGUCAACCUACGACUCUAUCUUCAGUUGUUGGUCCAUAUUGUGCCACAACAACUUCAGUAAAUUCAGCCUCUGCACCCAUGCUGAGUUCGACAACCUACACCGCAUGUCGUAAUCUAGAGGAGGAAUCUCAAUUGGCAGUAGAAGCUCCUGGAGAUGCUAAUUCCAAUCCUGAAUCCGAGGCUCAGAAGAAUAAAUAUCGUUCUUUUGGAAAUACUAGUGGCAUAGUAGGUGACCAAGCACCUAUUACAGCUCAAGCUUCUAGCUCCUGCAUGGAUGGCCCUACAGAGGACAACAAACAUGAUUUAUCCAAAGUGGAGCUUGUCGAGGUUGAGAAGGACAGCGGCUUUCGACAUGAUGUUUCCUCCGCUGAGGAUAAGUUAAUCCAAGCAAAGGGAUCUGCUAGUGCCGUCAGUAAUAUGCAAUAUGGGGUGCCUGUGUCCAAAGAUUCAUCUCUGGAUGCAAAACAAGAGUCUUCUCAAUCAGGAAAACGAGAGAAGGCAAUAAGUGGAAGAGGUGCAUCGGUCCCUCGAAAAAGGAACUAUGAUCCUGACCUCUUCUUCAAAGUUAAUGGCAAGCUAUAUCAGAGGCUGGGCAAAAUAGGAAGUGGAGGAAGCAGUGAGGUCCAUAAGGUCAUUUCCUCAGAUUGUACAAUCUAUGCACUCAAAAAAAUUAAGCUUAAAGGUAGAGAUUACGCUACUGCCUAUGGAUUUUGUCAGGAAAUUGAGUAUCUAAACAAAUUGAAAGGAAAGAACAACAUUAUACAGCUGAUAGAUUUUGAGGUGACAGAUAAAACCUUGCUUCAUGAAGUCAUGAGUGGCUCCAUGAACAUUAAAGAUGGGAGAGUCAAGGAUGAUGGAUAUAUAUACAUGGUGCUUGAAUAUGGUGAGAUUGAUUUGGCUCACAUGCUGUCCCAAAAGUGGAAGGAAUUGGAUAAGUCAGACCAAACCAUAGAUGAGAACUGGCUUCGUUUCUAUUGGCAGCAAAUUCUGCAAGCUGUCAAUACCAUUCACGAGGAGCGGAUUGUGCAUUCUGACUUGAAGCCAGCUAAUUUCCUUCUUGUGAAAGGUUCAUUGAAGCUAAUUGAUUUUGGUAUCGCAAAAGCGAUAAUGAGUGACACAACCAAUAUCCAACGAGACUCUCAGGUAGGUACACUGAGCUAUAUGUCUCCUGAGGCAUUUAUGUGCAAUGAAAAUGAUGCAAAUGGAAAUGUCAUCAAAUGCGGUCGACCUUCAGAUAUUUGGUCCCUUGGCUGUAUCCUGUAUCAAAUGGUGUAUGGGAGAACCCCUUUCUCUGAGUACAAGACAUUCUGGUCCAAGUUCAAAGUUAUAACCGAUCCAAAUCAUGAAAUUGCGUAUGAGCCGGUUAACAAUCCAUGGCUUCUCGACCUUAUGCAGAAAUGUCUUGCAUGGGACCGGAAUGAGCGGUGGAGAAUUCCACAGCUGCUUAAACAUCCUUUUCUUGUUCCUCCAGUUCCAUCCCAGAUAUCUCCUCAUCUAAACCACAGCUACAAACUGCUUCAACUUAUUGCUGGAGCUUGUACAGAUGACAAGGAUGCAUCAGCUUUAUGCUCUCAGUUAAGGCAACUACUUGAGGACCCCAUAGCACUUUUGGAUUCUCAGUCAUUAACAUCUCGGAGCCAACAUUGCAUGUUGCUCUCCCAAAUGUCAAAAAUUUGUUUUCGGCUACAGGAACAUUUAGAUAUAUCUGAAAGAUAGAUGCGGCUGUAGUGUAGAGGCAAAGCUGUAACUCGUCCUGUUCCAAAUUUGUGGGUUGUGAGUUCUGUUUAGGGUGAUGAGAAUGCAAUUCCCCACCAAAAUCUUUUUUUCCAAUCGGUUUGUAAAUUAUGAGAUUGUUGUUUGUGGCAAUGAUAGUCCCAGCUUUGGGGGCGUAA